AUGAAUCAUUGUGGAAAAAGAUCUUACAGCAAAGAACUGCAACUGCGAUGGCUUCCUGGGGUGACUGGCGACUGGGGUUUCCACCAUUUGUCUUGGACUCCUGCUCCGGUUUUUCCUGCGGUCUGUCCUACAGCAUGCUGCAGCCGUGAGUUCAGAGAUGCUCUCUCGCUUUCCUACAAUUUCUCCAUCACAUCUAAGCCUAGGCCUGGACAACCGAGAUUUCACAUUCAAGGUCAGGUCAAUGGAAACGAGUUUUCUUCUUACUUGCAUGGGAGCGAGCGAGUCAAACCCACUGGUCCUUGGGGGAUGAAGCUGAAGGACACAGCAUUCUGGGACACACAGAUGGAACCUCUGGAAACUGGGGAAGAGCUCAGAAAGAAACUGCUGGACAUCAAAGCAGAGAUUUUCACUGAGAGCGCAGAUUGUCUCACCAUGCAGGGCAGGCUCAUGUGUGUGCGUGGGGCCGAUGGACACACCAGAGGAUCCUGGCAGUUUGCCUUCAAUGGACAGUUAACCUACCUCUUUGACUCAGAAAACAGAAAGUGGACAGUGGUUCCUCCUGGAGGCCAACAGUUCAGAGUCAUGUUGGACAAUGACAAAGAGCUGACCAAGCUCCUUGUGCAGACCGCAAACGGAGACUGUAAGAGCUGGCUCCAGCACGUGUGGGAGCACUGGGAUGAGGUGCAGGAGACCACAGUACCACCAGCCAUGCAACAAGGUACAGACCCUGGCAAGGCCACGGCCAUCGGACCCUGCACCUGGAUCUUUCCCCUGUUCCUCAGCUGUGCGGUCAUAAUGGGCGUCCUUGUCGGAGACCAUUAG